UGUGUAGGAGUAGGGAGGAAAGAGGUAGAGCUAAGGAGCCGUGAUACUGGACCUGUUUCUGCGAAAGAAUCGACUGACUGCUCUUUUACUACAACAAGAGUUCUUUUAACCAGGCGGUCAGCCCCGUCUGUCUUGCUGUGUUGUGGUGCUGUGACGGGUGUAGGUUUAGACCAGUAGUAGGACGACUAGCAAUAGCGGUGUCAGUGUUGUUAUUGUAAGCACACCGUGGCCUCGUGUGAUUUUACCAGCUCCGGAGUCUGAUAUAAUAUAAUCGCCACAACUGCUUGCAGCAGAAGGUCGACUCUGAAGAGUGUGUGCAUACGAACAAUGGACCGGACCCCAUCCCUGUUGAGGUGAUGAAAAACUGAAGUCCUGCCAACCAAUUUCAAAACAAAUAAAUAUUACGCCCCAAAAAGCGCAGGAGGUAUACAUCAUCUCUCAGCCGUCUGCAGUGAAGGUAAACUGGUGGUAGGCGGACUUCCAGCCGGAUUUGUGCAUUCGUUGUGCGCGCGUGUUUGGUUUCUGGGCUAUAAUAUUAAUAUUAUUGUAGCGUGUGUUUGGAAUAGCGCUGUGGAUCUGUGUGUGUCAUCAUGAGCGACCCUGACAGUUUUUGCGGCGGAACGCCUUUCUGGGACGGAGAUCUCCUCCUGAACAGCUCCUACCCACACUUCACGGAAUGUUUCAAGGACACGGCUCUGGUGUGGGGCCCGUGCGCCGUCCUGUGGGUGAGCACUCCCCUCUACCUCUACUACAUGAGUGGCCAGAAGACGGGUAGGAAGGUGCCUGUCACCACACUCGGCAUACUGAAAACGUUAAUCGCUCUGUUGUUGGCUGUCGUGUGUGUGGCCAACAUACUCGACCUGGCCACGGGCAGUGCUCCUGUACUCACACUGAAAUACGUCUCCUGGGGGGUCCGGGCAGGGACUUUUCUACUGGUGGUUGCGUUGAUACAAGCGGAGAGAUAUUACGGUUUCAUCACGUCAGGAGUCCUCUUCAUGGUCUUCUUGCUCUUUGUCGUCACUGGAAUUGUGCCAUUAUAUUCAAACAUCAUCGAAGAGUAUGACAAGACAAGCAUGUUUCAGUUCACCUCUUAUUUCAUCUACUUUGCACUUGUUCUACUGGAAUUCCUUUUACUAUUCAAAUCUGAUCGUAUCAGACGUUCGGGAUACAGGAAUCUUGGGAAGAGACCUGUGUGUCCUGAAACCAAAGCAUCCUUUCCAAGCCAAGUUGUUUACUUUUGGAUCAUUAGUCUGCUCCGCAAAGGCUACAAGAAGACAUUGCUUGAGGACGAUGUGUUUCAGCUGAACCCAAGAGACAAGUCCGCCAAUGUUAUUCCUCACUUUGAAUCUUGUUGGCAGAAGGAAAUGAACAGAUGCAAAGCUGUCAAUUCUGAGAGACGCCGGCAGUCACUAUACAGUUCUGGCUAUCACAAAGUACACCGCACAUCCAGUGGAAAUGUGAAUGAGAAAUCUAGUUUGCUUGGAAAUGACUCUGUUGAGUUCAGGAAGGAUAGGGAUGAGAAUGUGAAGUUGGCUACACCCUCACUGCCAAAAGUUAUUCUCAAAGUGUUUGGUGGAAUGAUUUUGGCUUCACAGCUGCUAAAAUUGCUGUCUGACUUGUUAACAUUUGUCACGCCGCUGUUGAUUAAUGAGUUAAUCUCCUUUACCCAAAACCGUGAGAACGAACAGGAAUGGAAGGGGUAUGUGCUUGCAUUUUCCUUCUUUUUAAUUGCCAUGUGCAAGACAUGCCUCUACCAGUACCACUUUCAUAUCAGUAUGACCCUGGGAAUGCGCAUCAAAAAUGCAGUGAUAGCUUCUGUAUAUAAAAAGGCUUUGACCAUCAGCAAUGAAGCAAAGAAAGAAUCAACUGUUGGAGAAAUUGUGAAUCUAAUGUCAGUAGAUUGCCAAAGAAUUCAAGAUGCCACAGGUUACAUCUACAUGGCUUGGUCAAUGCCCCUGAUGAUUGUGCUGGCCAUGUACAUGCUGUGGGGCACGCUAGGUGCUGCCUCUAUGGCUGGCUUGGGAGUCCUCAUUUUGCUGAUGCCCAUCAACGCGUGGGCUGCAUACAUGCAGAGGGGAUACCAAACAAGGCAGAUGAAGGUCAAAGACAAGAGGAUCAAAAUUAUGAAUGAAGUUCUCAAUGGAAUGAAGGUGCUGAAACUGUAUGCUUGGGAGGAGUCUUUCCAGAAAAAGAUCACUGAUAUAAGAAAUGAAGAACUGAGUAUAUUGAAAAAGACAGCAUAUCUUGUGGCAGUCACAACAUUUGUGUGGACUUGUGCUCCGUAUGUGGUCCAGCUGGCAUCUUUUGGGACUUACAUAGCUAUAUCAGACUCUGGCUACCUUGAUCCAUCAACAGCAUUCGUGUCCUUCUCUCUGUUUGCCAUUCUCAAUCAACCCAUGACCUUCUUACCUAUGAUCAUCCCUUUUCUGAUUCAGGCUGGAGUUUCUAUUGGGCGGGUCUCCAAGUUUCUAAGAAGUGAUGACUUGAAACCUGAUGUAGUGCAAAGAGAUCCAAAUUCAGAUGCUGCGGUAAAGGUUGAAAAUGGAACAUUCACCUGGGAUAUGAGCAUGCCAUUACCAACUCUCAGAAAAAUCAACAUCCGUGUGCCUGAGGGUCAGCUGGUUGCUGUGGUUGGAACCGUUGGCUCCGGGAAAUCCUCUUUGCUGUCUGCCAUGCUAGGAGAAAUGAGAAAAAUGGAAGGAAGGGUCACUAUUAAGAACAGCAUUGCCUAUGUGCCCCAAGAAGCGUGGAUCCAGAAUGCGACUUUGAAAGACAAUAUUCUAUUUGGAAAAGAACAUUCUUCCAGUCAGUACAAGAAUAUCAUUAACGCUUGCGCUCUCCAGCCUGACCUGGAAAUUUUGCCUGGAGGAGAUUCAACUGAGAUUGGAGAAAAAGGCAUCAACUUGUCCGGAGGUCAGAAGCAGAGAGUGUCCUUGGCCCGAGCUGUCUACAGUGGCGCAGACACGUACCUCUUGGACGACCCUCUCAGUGCUGUGGACUCCCACGUGGGGAAACACAUCUUUAAUGAAGUCGUUGGGAAGAAAGGAAUUUUACAAAACAAGACAAGAAUCUUGGUCACUCAUGGAAUUCAUUGGCUACCCAUGGUGGAUCACAUCAUUGUCAUGAACAACGGUCAAGUCUCGGAGGAAGGAUCUUAUGACGAACUCAUGUCUCACGCAGGAGCUUUUGCCAAUUUCCUGCAAGAAUUUUUCAUCAAAGAACAUCAUGCCGACUCGGAUUCAGAUGAAGGAGAAGAGGAAGACCCAGAGAUUGAGAGAAUGAAAGCAGAAGUGUUCCAAAGGCUUGAGUCAGUGACAUCAGAUGGAGCAACAUCAGCAGAUGAGAGAAAGAGCAAAUCCAAGCGUCACAGUGACAGUGAGAGUGGAGCUAACACCAGUCGCCAAGCAUCCUAUCGACGGUCCUUGGGGAAAAGUGUGGAGAAAAAGAAAGAAGCCCCUAAAGCUGGACAGAAGUUGAUAGAAGAAGAAAAGUCUGAGACUGGCAAUGUCUCGAUGAAUGUGUACUUCGAGUACGUCAAAGCAGUGGGCGUGUUGACCUUUGUGAUCAUGACCUUGACCUACCUGUUCUUCCAAGCCUCCAACACGGGCAGUGCACUGUGGCUAAGUGAAUGGACGGAUGAUGAACUGCUGGCAAACAGCUCAGCCAGUGGUACCUCAGAGUUCAUAGACAGGAACAACAUGUACCUGGCUGUAUAUGGGAUCCUGGGUGUUGCACAAAGUAUAUUUGUGUUGACAUUUGCUUUGAUUGCCUCAACUCGUAUGGUCAAGGCAGCUGGAAAACUACACCUGGCCCUCUUAGACAACAUUCUCAAGGCACCCAUGUCCUUCUACGAUACCACACCCAUUGGCCGGAUCCUCAACAGAUUUUCUCGGGAUGUUGAAACAAUUGACAACAACUUACCUUCGAGCAUCAGGUCCUUUUACAACUGCAUAUUCAGCGUGACAGGCACAAUUGUGACAAUUUCAUACAGUACUCCAAUAUUUCUGGCAGUUGUUGUUCCUCUUGGGAUCAUGUACUGGAUGAUUCAGAGGUUCUACAUCCCCACUUCCCGACAACUGAAGAGAAUUGAAUCCACAACCCGGUCUCCCAUCUACGUUCAUUUCUCUGAGACUGUGGGUGGGGCAGCUUCCAUCAGGGCGUACGGCGCUUCUGAAAGAUUUGUGAUGGAAUCUCGGAACAGAGUGGACCACAAUUUGUCAUUCUACUUUGCAAGUCUCGCUUCAAACAGAUGGUUAGGCUGGAGUUUAGAAUGUAUUGGGAACCUCAUUAUCCUGUCAGCGGCUCUCUUUGCUGUGCUCUCUACAGACUUGGAGCCUGGGCUUGUAGGCCUUUCUGUCUCGUACUCCACACAGGUGACGGGUGCCUUGAAUUACCUGGUCCGCAUGUUCAGUGAACUGGAGACCAAUAUUGUGUCAGUGGAGAGACUCAAAGAAUAUGCAGAGACACCAACGGAGAAUGCAUGGGUCAUCCCAUAUAACCGACCAGACUCACAAUGGCCUCAGCGUGGAGAUGUCAGUUUCAAUAAUUACCAGACCAGAUACCGGCCAGGCUUGGAACUUGUGCUGAAAGGUGUUUCUUGUAGAAUCCAAGGAAAAGAAAAGGUUGGCAUUGUUGGAAGGACCGGAGCAGGAAAGUCUUCCCUGACUGUUGCUUUGUUCCGGCUGAUUGAGUCGGCUGCGGGAAGUAUCACAAUUGACAACAUCAACAUCUCUGAAAUUGGUCUACAUGACUUGCGCUCUAAGCUGACAAUUUUGCCUCAGGACCCUGUCAUAUUCUCUGGCACUCUCCGAAUGAAUCUGGACCCGUUUGACGAGUUCUCGGAUGCCACGUUGUGGUCGGCUCUAGAGAAUGCUCAUCUCAAGUCUUUUGUGGAGACCUUGCCUACAGGCCUUAACUAUGAAUGUGGCGAGAGUGGACAGAACUUAAGUGUUGGCCAAAGGCAGUUGGUGUGCCUGGCCAGGACACUGGUGAGGAAGACACAGAUCUUGAUUCUGGAUGAGGCCACAGCGGCAGUCGACAUGGAGACAGACGAACUCAUUCAGAAGACAAUCAGAACAGAGUUCAGUGAGUGCACAGUGCUCACAAUUGCACAUCGGCUCAACACCAUCGUGGACUAUGACAAAAUUUUGGUUCUGGACAAGGGUCGAGUGAGUGAGUUUGACUCUCCCAAAGCUUUGCUGGACAAUAAAUCUUCUAUUUUCUAUGGAAUGGCUAAGGAUGCUGGGCUUGUAUGAGUAUGAUGCAAUUUCACAGUGGAGCAAAUAUUGAAAAGGGGAGGAUCUCCAGAAAUUUUGACGUCAUGGAAGACAACAAUUAUUUAAUUUUAAAAAGAAUACAUUUACAAGCUUUUUAAAAAAUCCUUUUCUUUGGAUUUUUUAUAUGUCUCCACAGAUCAGCUGAGAUCUAGAAGCGACUAAUAUAUACUAUAUGUAUGUCCAAUUCCUUGUAUUGAGGGAAAUGGAUAUCUAUGACAAGGUGUAAUAAAUAACACUAGGACAUAGAAACUAAAUUUUCAAAGUAGCUGUAUGACAAAUUUGUCUGUUCCAUGUCUCCUGAGAAUUUUGGUACCAUUUUUUUUUUAAACCUCUGUGUCAAUUAAAAAAACAACUGCUGCUGUUGUUAUAACAUAUCAAAAUAUUGUGAAAUUCACUAAGUGGCUGCAACCCCAUGUUUGACAGCUAUCAAACGUACCAAACAUCAACACAUUAACAGAGGACAAUCCCAAUAACAUGAAUGGAGCCUAAUUCUUUUCAAGAUUGUGAGAUCAUUGCAAAUCAGUAUUUUAUUACCUCAAAGUGUGGACUUGUUGUUUUGAUAAAAACAUGUGCAGUGUACAUUUUGUGCCGAGUUCUUCCUGUACUGUAGUCAUAUGAAGGGGUGAGGUGCAAAAUCCGCUGAGCGACAUUUUGGAAAAAAAUGAGAUUUUUUAUCUUAUAAAUACAGUGGAACUCGGAUUCAACGAGGUCGUCGGGCCUGACCUAAAAUCUCGUUGAAUCCGAGUGUUCGUUAUAGCAAACACGAGGUUUUGUGCAGAUAAUUACAUGCACUGAGCAAGUAAUGUACAAGAGAAGUCUCAAGUUGUGCCUGAAAGGCCUGCGUAUUUUAAGCUGUGUAAAAAAAAGACCGAAUCGUUUGAAUACACACGCAUGUGUCAUCUCGAUUGUUUACCAAAAAGUUGUGUUGCUGUGUAGAGCCCAGCACACGGCAAUUUUUGAUUCCAUAGGCCAGCGCACAAUUCAUUACCUAGAUCUAUGUCAAGACUAGCUUAUUAUUGUUAUAAUGAUCAGUUGCCGAGGGGAAAAAGGACUGUGAUGCAUUUGUAUGUGACGUUCAACGCCCGGACCGCUAGUGCCCCCUCCCCUCCCUCCGACAUGCACACACAGCCACACGUGUGCAGGCCGCCCAACCGACCCCGACACACGCCAGAGUAGACACGUGCGCGUGCCAACGACAUACGUGUUGGUAUUUUAAAAGGCCGCAGAUUGGUCGCAUGCAAUCGGCUAAGUGAAUAAUGGUUCACGGUGCAGGUGCAAUGGAUCGUUUCUGGAAAUGGAUAAAUUUCGUCCUAGGAGAAAAAUAAGCGAAGCCACGUCUGCGGAGGUUGUUCACUCUGGAAGCGACCUCGUUGAAUCCGAGCUCGCUGAUUUAAGUACUCGUUGAAUCCGGGUUACUUUUAUUGAUUUUAAAGAA